AAAAGAUGAUGAACGAGGAAGAUUAUAAUUUGUGUAUGAUAAUACAUGUAUGAAAUGUAUUUUGUAUUAAAUUGGGAAAAAUAUGAAACAUGUCUGCUUCAAGCUUACACCACAACUUGUCUCCAUGAAUAAACAUUUGUUUCCAUUGUUCAGCUCAAACGUCAGUUGUUUUUUCUCUUUGGUUUGGUGGGUCCCCCACUGAACAUGGCAACUGAAGCUGCAGGAUCUUCCAAGGACAACAUUAACCAAGGCCAUGGCACUACUGAAAAUAGGGCUGAUACCCCAAUUCAAAAGGGUCCAGCAUCAUCUGAAAUAACCGAGGAAUUCCCAAGAGAACAACAUGGGACAAGGCAAAACCUUAUCUUGGAUAUUCCUGCAAUAUCUCAGGAGGAAGCAAGAAAAGAUUAUGCGAGGAUAAACAUGCCUCUAACUUCUCCUCCAAGAAGACUGAUUUUUCCUCCCGGUCUAAGUCCUGUUUUCCCAAGAAGCAAAAAAUACCCAGUGCUACUUGUCACACCCAGAGGGAAGAAAACAUCAUCCUUACCGGUAACCGCAAUUGCUUAUUCAAAUCCAGGGUCUGUACAUGGAGGGAACUUGGCUUUUGCAGAAACAGCUAAGAAAGAACUGAAUUUUCCAAUUCGUCGGUCCCGUUCAGCACCUAUGCUUAACAAAGAAGGUAACUCGCCUGUACGUGGCAUGUUUCGUAUAGUUCCGACCACACUACGAUUAGAUGAGAAAAUUGCCACAACACCACCUAUGACAUCUCCAAUUCAUGAUACUGUUAAAAAUGAGGAUGUUGGUGAAGAUAUUCCUGAAGAAGAAGCUGUCUGUAGAAUUUGUAUGGUUGAACUUGGAGAAGGUGGUAAUACUUUCAAAUUGGAGUGUGGCUGCAAAGGUGACCUUUCAUUGGCACACAGAGGAUGUGCAGUCAAAUGGUUUACCAUUAAAGGUAAUAGAACAUGCGAUGUGUGCAAGCAAGAAGUUCAGAAUCUAACUGUCACUCUUUUACGAGUUCAAAAUGGUCUGGCACAAAAUGGUCUGGCACAAAAUGGUCUGGCACAUAACAUGCUAGGGGCUGAUGCUUCUCGAUACAGGUUUUGGCCGGAUUUUGCCAUUCUUGUUGUUAUCAACAUGCUGGCUUACUUUUGGUUUCAUGUGUCUAAUAUGGGAUCUGGUACUAUAGUCCAUUGUCUCGCAUUUUCAUGUGUAUUGGGUUCUCUUGCAAGCUUUACAGCUACAGUAAUGGUGAGGAGAAAUCAUGUAUGGAUUUAUGCAACUGUUCAGUUUUGUCUAGUGUUUCUCAUUGAACAUCUUUUCUUCUCACUGUUUCAUAGGUCAAAUAUCGAUGCUGUUACAUGUACUGGGAUGGCAGUUGUAAUGUGUGGAAAUUUUAUUCUUACGGAGAUUUUGAAGUGGAGGGGAAGAUCACUGGCUCAGUCGAAUCAACAACAAGGUUCCCAAGAAGCAGUACCGCCACCUGAUCAAUCAUCUACAAUCCCUCAUCAAGCUCAGAUUGGUUCUGAACAAACUGAAAGUAAUUUGGGAGAGUCUCAUGCACAGAGGAGUUGACAGAAUGUGAUACUCAAAUAUGUUUUGAUCUCUAAAAUAUGACUUUUUUCCUCUUUUUUAAUUUUAAUCAGUUUUAGUUCCUAUAUUUAAUAAAAAAAAAUCAUACUUCUUUAAGUCCCUCACAUCAAGUAUAAAAAAAAAUAUGAUUCUUAAGAAAAUAAAAUAGAGAUUAAUUUUGAAACAAAAAAAGUUGUAUUUUUAGGGAUAAAAAUAUAUUUAAGCUAUUGAGUGAAUGCUGGCAUCAUAAAGUUAUCUGGCUGUACAUAAUGUAAAUAUUGUAUAGACAGGUUUGGGCACAUUAGACUCUUGUUCUCCUUUUUGAUGCCAUGAUACAUAAAGGAAUAGACAUGUAUCAUGUAUGGCAUCCAUUGUUCACUCUCAUUAGAAAAAAAGACACCAAUACUUGUAGAGAAUUGCUUUGGCUCUGUUGCUUGGUGUAUAGUUUAAGAAAGGUUUUUUUAUACUACAAUAAUGGUUGAAGUGAUGAAUCUUCACAUUCCAA